AAGCGUUGGACCCCAACGUUCUUCCUCUUCCCACAGUCACUGCUGCUGCUUCUUCAUCCCCUGAAUGCACCAUGCAGCCCCCUCACCUCUUCCUCUUUCUCCCCCUCCUCCUCCCUGGGAUGUGGGCAGACCCAGAAGCAGAGCCACAGGUUCUCCAGUACCUCCUGACCGGCCUCUUUGCUGACAUGACCUCUGCUGAGGUGUCAACGAUGGCAGUCCUGGGGGAUGUGCCCAUCUUUGCACUGGAUCCUGCCAACUGGAGCGUCCGCUUCCACUGGCCCUGGGUCAGCCAGGCCGCGGCCGAGGGUGACACUGAGAAGCUGAUGUCCCAAAGUCAAAUGGCUCUGCGCAAUAUGGUCCGACAUGUGCAUGACAAAGUCCAGCAGACAGAAAUGGACUACCCUCUGGUGGUCCAAAUCCGUGCGGGCUGUGAGCUGCACCCCAACACAUCAAGCUGGGGCUUCCUGCAUGUCGGGGAAGGUGGCAAAGACCUUGUAGCUUUUGAGGUGGAUGAAGAGCGCUGGGAGAUGCAGCAGGCAUCCCAGCUGGCAGAGCAGGUCAUCAGGGACCUAAACAGAGCAACAUCCGUCAAAGUACUCCUGGAGUACCUCCUGUCCUUCAUCUGCCAGAGCCAAAUCCGCACCCUGAACAGGUAUGGGAGGGCCACUCUGGAGAGACAAGAGCUGCCCGUGGCCACGGUCUUUGCCCGCACGCCCAGCCCACACCAGCUGCUGCUGGUUUGCCAUGUCACCGCCUUCUACCCCCGGCCCAUCAGUGUGGCCUGGCUGAGGGAUGGCCAGGAGGUGCCUCCGGGCCCGCAGCUCAACACCAGCCCCGUCCUGCCCAACGCUGACCUCACCUACCAGCUCUCCAGCGUCCUGGCCGUGGCCCCCCAGGACGGGCACAGCUACGCCUGCCGCGUGCGCCACCGCAGCCUGGGCACCCGCAGCCUCCUCGUCCCCUGGGAGAAUCUCAGCACAGCUCCAACCAUCAGCCUCACCAUCGCAGUGCUGCUCCUGGGUUCCACAGCCUCUGCCGGGGGAUUUUGGUGGUGGAAGCGCAGGUGAACUCUCCUUCCCAUUGCCUGCUCUAA